CCGAGUCCCCUGCGCUCACAAGGAGGCGUGGGUCUGCCGCUGCCAGUGUUGUGCAUCUAUCCGCGGUGGAGAGGAGCGAAGAGGCAAGCUACCUUCGGAUGCGAACGUGCAAUCAUGUCACUGGGGCUGGCAGGCUGUGCAGCGAGAGUACUUGAAUAAUCCCCCUUGUGCGAUAAGCGGACUCAGUGAAGGAAUAAGCAAUGGGAGGACAGAUAACGCGGAAUUCCUUUUACGACUCCCUGGGCGGUCCGUUCCCCUCCACAUCCCACCGAUGCCACCACAAGCCCAAGCGCUGCCUACCCAUGCACUGCGGAGGUGUGGGGGGCCCAUUUCCCAUCAGCCCCCUGCUCUUCCAUCCGAGCGCCAAGGGAUCCCAGAUCGUCAUGGACCUGUCCCAGAAGACUGUGAAGAGACAGGCCAGUUUCUGCAAUGCCAUCACGUUCAGCAACAGGCCCAUAGCACUGUAUGAACAAGUGCGGCUCAAGAUCACUAAGAAGCAGUGUUGCUGGAGUGGUGCUCUGCGUUUGGGCUUCACCUCCAAAGACCCAUCCAGGAUAAACCCGGACAACCUGCCCAAGUACGCCUGCCCCGACCUCGUGUCCCAGAGCGGCUUCUGGGCCAAGGCGCUGCCCGAGGAGUUCGCCAACGAGGGAAACAUCAUCGCCUUCUGGGUGGACAAGAAAGGCAGAGUCUUUUACAGGAUCAAUGAGUCCAGCCCCAUGUUGUUCUUCAGCGGAGUGAGGACCUCUGAGUCUCUGUGGGCGCUCAUAGAUGUGUACGGGCUAACACGAGGAGUGCAGCUGCUAGAGAGUGAGAUCGUGCCCCCCGACUGCCUGCGCCCACGCUCCUUCACCACAAUGCGCUCUUCGUCUCUGCGCCGCGAAGCUGACGACUCCCGCCUCUCCGUCUCCCUGUGCGACCUCAACCGGCAACAGGACGAAGGGAGCUCCACCCACAGCAACCGCCACAUCCACCUGACCUCCGCCUCGUCCUCAUCAGCCUGCCCCAUUCCGCAAAACUCCCUCAACUCGCAACAGUCAUCUCUGCUACCGUCCUCACUGGAAAGCGACUUGCAUUUCCACCAACUCAGAGGAGCGCAUAUUAAAACCUUAGAUGAACAGACCGUGGCGAGAUCAGAGCACGCCAGAGAAGAGCGUACGCUAGUUUUUACGAAUCGCUCCCUACGGAUUGGCGAAACAGUUUUCAUCAAAGUUACAAAGUCCAGCCCGGCGAGAUCUGGGUCAUUGUCAUACGGAGUGACGUCAUGCGAUCCUGCUGUGUUACGUCCGAGCGAUUUGCCGUACAACCCGGAAGCGCUGGUGGAUCGGAAGGAGUUUUGGGCGGUGUGCAGGGUCCCCACGCCCCUCCAGAGCGGGGACAUCCUGGGGUUUUUGGUGAACCAGGAAGGAGAGGUGAUCCUGAGUCAUAAUGGGACCAGCGUGGGCAUGCAGGUGUGCGUGGACAACUCCAGGCCGCUGUGGAUGUUCUUCGGACUGCACGGUGCAGUCACCCAGCUCAAGAUACUAGGUUCGACUCACGGUGCAGACCCGGGAGCGACCUCUGGCCCCAAUUCCCCCUCCUCCUCCCCCCUGACCCCCAGUGCUUUGGGCAGCGGCAGCUCCGACCCCGCCCUUAACGGAGGUCUGUGCUCUGCGGCCUACUGCAGCUCAGCGGGAGGCACAACCCCCAGCUCUCCGAUUAGCCUGCCCAAGUCCCCCACCUUCCCAUCAGGCCGCUCUCCGUGGACUGACGAGUGCUCCAUCUGCUACGAGAACCUGGUGGACACCGUCAUCUACGCCUGCGGUCACAUGUGUCUCUGCUACACCUGCGGCAUCAAGCUGAAGAAGAUGUCCAACGCGUGCUGUCCCAUCUGCAGGAGACAAAUCAAAGACAUUAUCAAGACCUACCGAAGCACAUAAAGAAAUGGACGCCAGAAAGUGAAUGGCUUGAAAUCGCUAGAAAGAAGUAGUUUCAGGACUCGAUGUGAUACCGAGGAUUUCUUGUUGGUUGGUUUUGACACGACCUUUACAGAGGCUCAUUGCGCUUCAUUGGAGAGGUCUUGUACACUUCGGACUUUGCAGCACUUUUGAGUGACUGUGUUUUUCGCCUGGAGGAGUUUUUUGGGCUCCGUCAGGCAAUUUCAAAACCCCAAAUUUCUCUGUUGACGAGCCAUGUUAGGGAGUUACAUCUAAAUGGGAUAAUAAUGUGACAUCUUGGGAGUUAAAUGUCCAGCUGAAAAAGUGCUGGAUUUGACCAACUUCAUUUAAGAUAAAAGCACAGCGUGAUGGUCUCAGUACGUCACAACUUGUGUCUGUGCCACUGAGAAAAACAAGUAAAAUGAAUUAGCAAACUUGGGGUAUUGUCAUGUUGGCGACAGUGUGGUGGUGCUGAUUAGCCUAUACUGCAUAGGAUUGUAACAUCUUGUAUUAUCUAAUGUACUUCUAUGGUAGUUCUAUUGCUGACAGUGGUGGUAGCUAUGUUAUUGUGCUAGCAAGUGGCUUGCUCUCUGCCAUGUGGUAUGUCGCACUGAAGUUAGCAUCGUUAGCAUUGUCUUCAGAAAACAGAAUCAAGAUUAGGGUGACCAGACGUCCCUAUUUACCCGGGACAGUCCCAGUUUUGAGCCCUGUGGGUUUUUUUUGAGCCCAGCAGAUUUAUCCAAAACCAGUGAUUUGUCUCAGUUUUACACAAGAAAUGUCCCUGGUGUCCCAAUUUUUAGCCAAUUUGAUCCCUGCCAACAGCAAAGAGAGGCAUAAAUUGUCAUUUGUUUAGGUAAAAUACAGAAAAGCGGUUUAAAAAUGACCAAACCCCAAAGACAAUGUGACUAUACUGACUCACAUUAGUGCCGAGUGCAGAACAAUUUUCCAUAAUUACGCGUUCGUUUCACUAUUUUCUUAUUACCAACCAACCCAAACCAGGGAUGUCCCAGUUUUUUUAUUUUGAAAAUCUGGUCACCCUAAAAAGCUACAAACUUAAAUAUCAUUCAGAUCUUAAAAAGUGCAGAAAUAAAAAGUUGAAAAGAGAAGGGAAAAGAUUAUUCUCCUCAGGGCCAACUGUAUUUUAGGAAAUCUACCUAUAACCUCAUACACUGUGAGCACUAACUCAACGCACCAUUCAUGUGGUCUUUAAAUAUACUUUAUGGAUUCUGAAGUUUCUUUGCUUCAGGGAUUUCAUCUUGAGAAGUCAACAUUAAUUAAAGGUGUACUGUGUAACUUUUCUGAUGGUGGGCAUGUCACCUGCUUGUCUCCUUGGAGAUGAUGUUGCUUUGGCUGGAAUGUUUCACACUAUUUAGCAUUUCUUUGACCAUAGGUGUUUUCACAACAUGCAUUGUUCUUGGCCAGAUGCCCUCACCUGCUUCACAUCCAUCAACAUGGAGACAAGCAGGAUCAAUAUGUUUAAUGCCAUAUUGUGGAACAUUACAGGGAAUUAGGACCACAUGAACGCUGCAAAAAUAGACCCAAUCGCACUAAGGAUUGUUGCCAUGGAUUCUUAAGCCACCACUUACCCACAGCCUCCUGCCUUAACCACAUAAGAAUAGUUUUUUUUCACACCUUUUAAGUACAUUUCACACAAAAAACAAAUUACCAAAAAUUAUGCUUUGAAGUGGCACAAACUCAGAGGAGAUGAAGAAGCACAUGAUAUUUUUAUACCAGAUAUCCGUGACAUUUCCAGUUCAAAAAUGUGUAUCUUUUCACCAGCAGAGAUUGUUUAUAGGGACAAGAUCAGGAGAAUGAACAUGUUUAACUAUUUAUACUAUUUCUAAGCCCUAAUUAUAAUAGAUAUUGUAUUAUUAUGUGACCCCCCCAUCCCCAUAGACUUGUUACUUGUAUAUAGACUCAAACUUUUUCCCCACAAAUUUAUAAGCCAUAAUUUAUCAGUAGGAAACUGGAUUCUGCCAAUCAAUGUAUGUGAUAGAGUUCUAUAACAAAAACACAACAGUGGUCUAGAUCUAACUGAAAAUUUCAAGGCCCUGACCUGAUGCCCCUGGGCAAUACACAUCACUAAUUUAGCCUGUCAGGCAGGGGCGGAAAAGUCAUCUAAUAUAAAAUGUAUUUUGCAUAAAAAAGUAUAACAAUAUGAUUGUACAAGGCCACACUUGAAGAUAUCUAAUCUAUCCUGCCUAUUUAAUUUACAAGAGAUUUACAAAGAUAUAAAAUAAUUAUUUAGUAUUUGAAUUUCCCUGUUUAUACCACAUUUGGGAUGUCUGAAUAAGCUUUAACACAAUUAUAUUAGUUCUAAUUGUUCACCAUUACCGCCAAUGUGCCUCUAAGAGAAUUUUCAGUAAAAAACUAUAAGGAUAUGUUGCGUUGUAUACUAACCAAAGUAGAUUUUUUUUUUUCUGCAAUAUUUCUGAAAAAGUGGAAUUUAUUAAUUGAUGGCAGAAUCCAGUUUCCAUACUUAACCUUGGAAAAGGUUGUUUUAUAGAAUUAUUAUUUGUAGAUAUUGAAUCAAUGGGGCUAAAACCGUUGCUGCUACAGCAUUGGCCGGUGCUAAUGCUAAUAGUGAUGCCUCCCACAAUGACCAUUUGAUUAUGCUACUGCUUGAUGUGUUCAAUCACAGUUUUACUGUUAACUUAUAUAUUUAGAAACUUAUUUGUGAAUUUCAAAGAUAAAAUUAAAAAGUUGUCUGUCUAAUCUGAAUUUGAUUUGUAGUUUUGAAUCCAUAAGAAUGUACAAUUGUUAUUAUGACUUUAGUGAAAUCAUAGAAGGUGUUGUGCACCUUGCAGCAUUUUGCAGUAAACAAUCAGAAAUUCAUUGGUAUGAGGUAGAAUAUGUACAUUUUGGUCAAUUUGAAUUUUUGUAAUUUAAAUUUGUGUGUGUGUGUGUGAUAGGGAGCACUGUACUAGUCAGUUGUGUAUUUAUCGAGCUCUUUUUUAUAUAGUCAAAGCCAUUGCUGUAUAGUCAAUGAUAUAUGUCACUUUAUGAAGCUACUGAUUGUACUCUUGUAAAUUUUCUUUUUACAGCUAGUGUUGCUUUCUGAGACUCAAGCACGGCAAACACAAUUUUUUUCUUUUUUUUUUUUUUUUUUUUACCAAAUCUAAAAUCUUAAUACAUUGUACAGAUGCAUUUCUCUCUGCAAUCUGACCAUUUUCAUAUAUUCUACAUGUUUUAAUUUUGCAUUUAAACUGCUAUUUCGCUCCUUAUUUUUGCAGCUUCCUUGAAUGUGUUUGCAAUGUCCUAUUUAUUUGUCCAUCUGUCGAAGUUGGACUAAUUCCUUGCUUUUCUUGCUUUGUGUGUGUGUGUUUUGCUUGUACAUUUAAACACUAUGGCUUCCUGUGUCCAGCCAAUCACAAAGCAGCUCAUUCUCUUUGCAGAUGUACAGUCGUGCACAUGUUACUCAAAGUGCAUGAUUUCUGGGACCAAUGCUCAAGUUUUGCUAAGAAUUGCACUCUCUCUCCUCAGCCAUUGUAGUGACACCGCUGCAGCUAAAAGUGAUUUUUGCAGAACCUUGUAAUUUUCUUUCUUUUGUAUUUAAAAAGUCAUUGUGAGCUCUGUUCGGUGUGUCAGAUGAUUGUG